AUGUUUAUCAAACUAUUCUACCUCUCAGGAGAGCCAGCUUCCACCGCAAGGGAAAUUGAGUUGGAGUCCACGUUGGAUUAUGAUGGACUUAGACAUGUCAUUGCCGCAAACUUUGCUAUAGUUGAACCGGCUGGAAUCGGAUUCCAAUCCCAGGACGCGGUCUUGUCUGACGUUUCGGAGGUCAUUGCAAAUGAAGAUCCUAUCAGCAUUACGAUUGAUGGUAAAUCCGUGCGAGAGAUUCCUGGACCCAAAGGGCUUCCAAUUGUUGGAAAUUUCUUCGAGAUCUAUCCUGAUCAUCUGGGAAACCAUCAACGGUUGUUUGAGCAAUAUGGGCCCAUCAUCAAGACGACAAACAUGGGCCGCACGGUCUACCAAACCAACGAUCCACAACUGUCCUCAAUCAUCUUUUCUGAAACUGAUUUCUUCACCAAAAAAAUCAACGAAGCGCAUCCUCUCCAUGCUAUCAAAAAUAAAGAGGCUGGCGUGUUCUUAGGUGACACUGACACCCCGGAGUGGAGAGCGGCGCACAAAUUUCUUCCCCCAGCGUUGGGCCCCAAGGCCGUUCGGCAUUAUGCCCCCAUCAUGCAACAAACGGUUGAAGAUGCUUUUAAAGUCUUUGAUCAUUUCGAUGAGAAUGGCGAGGCUUGGAAUGUCUACCAGUAUAUGCUCAAACUUGGUUCUCAGGCGGUCGGAAAGCUGGUUCUGGGAAUAAAUUUCAAUCACUUUUCCUCCCCCGAUGCACCUCCUCAUGAGCUUAUUCAGAUUAUUGCCGAGUCGUUGUCUUUAAAUAAGAAGGUGACUGCCAGGGGGGAUUGGUAUGCGAAGCUGCCGUUCGGCGAUCCGCAGCGGUUGAGAAAUAUGCGAUAUCGUAUCUUUGACAUAGUCGACGAAUCAAUCCAGAAUGCCAGCCGUGGUGGUGUUGAAGACCUACCGCUACAAAACGCCGCUUUAAAGGCAACUAACAUGAUCGACUACGCUAUCCGCGCCACGGACAACAAGGGCGAGAAGUUGCCCAAGACAAGCUUGAUCCAGGCUCUGGUUGUUGCGACUGGAGCAGGCUUUACCACCACUAGCUCACUUCUGUCUUGGCUGAUCUACAGUCUUGUUACAUACCCUGGCAUUCAGGAUCGCUUGCUGCAAGAGUUGAUCGACAAUGGUAUCACCGAAGAUACUCAGAUAACAGCCGACUUGACAGACCGCUUAACAUUCAUGGAUAAAUUGAUAAAAGAGACCCAACGUCGGCACAACCCAUCCUACCAGCCUGCACGAACUGCCAAAGCCGAUAUGAUCCUGCCCGGGGGCUAUAAGCUACCCGAGGAAGCUGUGGUUGUCGGUGCUCUUCAUCACCUUCACAAUAACCCAGAAGUCUGGAACAAUCCAACGAGAUUCGACCCCGAUCGGUGGGAUACAGAAGAAGUAAAGAAUAGACACAAGGCUGCUUAUAUUCCAUUUGCUACAGGUCCUCGCAUGUGUAUCGGGUUCAACUUUGCGCUGCAAGAAGUCAAGGUAUUCCUGCCGAAACUAGUAUAUCGAUACAAAUUCACUAAAGAGAAUGAUGGGCUGGUCGAGUACGACCCUAUGUUCCAGCUGAUCCGGCCUAACAAUUUAUAUAUUAGUAUUAGACUUUGGAUAUAG